AUGAACGCAACAUCACUCGUCUUCACCAAGGCGCAGUCAGCUCCACUGCCACUGGGGUCUGGCACCUCACUGCCACUCCCCGGGUUUGCUCUCACCCUCCCCCUCGCCCUCCAGUGGUUGCAAGGCAUCGUCCUCGGCGUCGCCGCAUCGACCGUCGCUAUCGGCUACAGCGAGGUCCUCUUCCAGGGCACGGCCUGGCUGUACAAGCAUGGCCUCCUGCUUCGCUACUACCCUCUGCCCAAGGAGCGUGGCGCCAUGACCGCGUGGAUCAACUCCAUGUCCUUCACCGUCCCCACCGCCGUCUAUGCCCUUGUCUACCGUAACCCCGGUGGACCUGCCAUCUCAUUUGACUUCAGCCUCUGGAAGAUGGCGCUCUACAUGGCCCUGUACAUGGUCAUCCACGACACCUUCUUCUACUGGUGCCACCGCACAUUCCAUGUGGUGCGCCCGCUCUACGACUGGCUCCACGCCAUGCACCACGAGUACUCGUACGCCAUGCACGUGUACAUUGUUGGCCACGCCGAGGUCAUCGAGAACUUUAUCCAGGUUGGCCUCCCCUUCCUCGCAUGGACCUACAUUGCCGGUCACAACUGGUGGUACUGGCUCCUGCCACUGUCGUUCGUCAUCUUUUCGACCCUCAUCGGCCACUCUGGCUACCGAUCGCACUACUCGCUCAUGGUCUUCCACCCGCUCGCCGCACCCGUCGCCAUUGCAAGCGGGUCGCACAUGCUCACUGUCGGUGACCACCAGAUGCACCACUCGCACCGCCGCGUCAACUUUGGUCUCUUCUGGCGCAGCUGGGACAAGUACAUGGGCUCGUACCGCAAGUGCGAGACACGGGCGUACAACUACGAGUUCUGGCAGGAGUGGGCGUUGGCGGCGGGGAAAUCUACGCACCCCGAUGUCGCCAAGGAGCAGCAGGAGCAGGCUAAAAAGUGGCUUGGGCAACACCAGGUCGAGUUCCACGAGGUUGAGUGGGGAUUUUAA